AUUUACAUAAGUUUCUUACUCCAGAACUGACAAGUUAAAAUUAGCUAUCAUGAUAGCUUGCAAGUACUGCCAGGAUAUGCGAUUUGAUGAUUUUGAUCUGCUAGAGUAAUGCGGUCGUCUGAAUCAUGAAAUGCCUCGUCAAGCUUUGCUGAUGGGUUUUUGUCUCGUGUUUUCUAAUGUUAGGAACAUGGAACAUACCGCAUCAUGAACUGCCAGGCGCGGUAUACCCGUGCCAUCCUCUUAGGGCUCUCUCCUGGUCUCCCAGGCAUCCUUCAAAUAUCAGAGUACCGCCUUCACUAUACAUCAAGAUGGCGGCAUUGAUGAUAAUUACCAUCAUCUAUGCGACAGUACAGGAGGUAGAGUAUAAAAGUUGGGUAUGUCAUCAACAAAGGCAGUCUAAAACUACACAAACCAACCCUCUUGCCAAUACAAUAUGUCUGAACAACCCUUCAAGUCAUUUGCUAUCAUCGGCGCAGGCCCUAACACUGGAAUUCAUAUCGUGAAGGCUUUCCUUGCCAUUGACACCCCAAUUCUGGUCAUCGCACGACCAGCCUCCACGAAUGUCGCUGCGCUUCCUGCCGAUGAUCCUAACCUCAAGGUUGUUCGCGCAGACUAUACAUCUGCAUCCGAAAUCUCCACAGUUCUUCGCGAGCACAAAGUAGAUGUCCUCAUCUCGACUGUUACACUUGUUUUCGGCGGUGUAGUUGGCCAGAAUGUUCUGGCCGACGCUGCUAAGGAGGCAGGUGUGAAGCUCUUCGUGCCCAGCGAGUUCGGUAUCAAACCGCAAUUAGCUAAAGGCGGCUUGGCUUUUCAAAAGACUGACUUCGCGGUUUAUGCAAAAUCAAUCGGACUGCCAACUCUUCGCGUCUUCAACGGGUUGUUUUACGAAUUCGUCCCCUGGCUCACUGCGUUGGCUGAUACCGGCAAGUUCUAUAUCGUGAACAAAGGAGAAACACCAGGGUCCUUUACUGCAGUAUCUGAUGUUGCAGGAUACGUGGCUCAUAUCCUUACUACUCAACCUCCAUCUCGUCUGCUUGAUGUUGAAAUUCAAAUCGAGGGCCAACGGGCAACGCUCUCGGAAAUCGGGGCCUUAUAUAAGGGCCGUGCACCUGUGGUACACUGCGAAGCCCUCCCUGAAGGCGUGGUGAACGCGCCCUUCCGUACAUUCUUCCAGAAGCAUGCUGGGGCCGGGGGAGGAAGUUGCGGGUGGAACCCUGCGACAGAAUCGGACGACGCGGAAUCGGCUAGCAGGGAUAAUUCACUGUGGGAGGGGCACCACUGGUUGACUGUUUCGGAGGCUCUUGGACUGUAACUGGAUCCAAAUAGUGCUAUUUCUCUUAUAUAUAUGUUGUGGGGGCCAUACAGUAUCUUCGCAACUUAGAUGAAUGACCAUACAUUAUCUAUGACUAGACAAACAGUAUGAAGUCUAUAGUCCUGUCGUUCCUUGCUGAAUGACAUGGGUUAUCAGGUUCGAUUUGUGUCGUAUUGCACAUGUAUAAUGUAAGUAU